CACAGCAGCUAGGGACAACUCUGGCUAAAGGAAGCCUCAUGGCAAGGGAGAGAUUCCUCUUUCUCACUUGGGAAAAGUCAAGGGAAAAUUUAGUGCAUUUGACUGCUCCUGUUUGAGUUGAGCUCAGCAAAUGUGAGCAACCUCCCUCCUGCUGUACUUCUCUCAGGGAACAAAGGAACGUCAGACGCUCCCUUUCUGCAAAGGCUGGGUCCUGCAUGUUAGCAAACAAUCUAUUGCUGGCUUUUUUUAAACGUUCUGCUGUUCUCUCAGUUGUGCCUGUAGAAAGUGCACCUUCUGAGCCCAGCAGCUCAGCCCUUCUGGCAGUGUUGCCCUGGAUACUGUGUUCACGUCAUUCAUAAUAUUCUGGCUCUGCUGAAAGCUUUAGCAUUUUUAUCAUUCCAGCCUGAAACGCAUGAAAAGCAGGAGACAGGCAGAGCAAAGGGACUGAAAUUUUAUCUGCUAACAGGACAAAGUGGAUACGAUACUGUUAACUUCAGAAGAAAAGAUGUCCGGUGGGAUCUUCUCUCCACUAGAAAACUUCUAUGACCUGGACAAUGCCAACUGCCACCCACUGGUUUGCUUCUUAUGCCAUGAGCAGUACGAGCACCCCUGCCUUCUGGAUUGCUACCAUAACUUCUGUGCCAGCUGUCUGCGAGGCAGGGCAAUCGACAGUCGCCUCACCUGCCCUCUCUGUGGACACCAGUCCAUCGUGAAAGGGAACAAUGGGCUGCCCCCAGUAGACCAGCUCCUCAAGUUCUUGGUGGACAGCUCUGCAGACUGUGAAGAGGAAGUCCAAUGUGCAAACUGUGAUAUGGAGUGUAAGAAACAGGAAAUGGACACCAUGUACUUCUGCAACACCUGCAACCAGCCCCUCUGUAACAAGUGCCGCGAGGAGACCCACAAGGCCAAGAUGUUCUCUCGCCAUGAGAUUGUCUCCUUGACCAAGCGCACUAAGGACAUCCACAAGAAAUGCUUUCUCCAUAAGGAGCCUUACAUCAUGUUUUCCACAGAGAAAAAAUCCAUGCUCUGCAUUAACUGCUUCCGGGAUAUGCAGGUAGAGAGUCGAGCCCACUGCAUUGACAUUGAGACUGCAUACAUGCAAGGCUGUGAGAAGCUGGACCAAGCAGUGAUGGCUGUGAAAGAGCUCCAGACAUCCACACGAGAGGCCAUCGUUCUCCUCAAAGCCAUGAUCGAGGAAGUCCGCAACAGUGCCAAUGAGGAGGAGACUUCCAUCAAUUCACUCUUCAGCAACAUGCAGGAAAAACUAGCUGAAAGAAGAAAGAUGCUUCUGAAAGUUGCUCAGAGUCAACAUGAAGAAAAGGAAAAGGCAUUCAAGGAGCAGCUCUCCCAUCUGGCCUCCUUGCUCCCCACCCUGCAGGUCCAUCUGGUCACCUGCUCUGCUUUUCUGAGCUCUGCAAACAAAGCUGAAUUCCUGGAUUUGGGAUAUCAACUGAUGGAGAGGCUGCAGAAAAUAGUGAAGCUCCCACACCGCCUGAGACCCACCCAGACGAGCAAGAUAAAUACCGAAUACCGGGCAGAGUUUGCCCACUGCUUGGAACCGCUGCUGAUGUUGAAUCCACGCCGCUCAGUGGUGGGGAGUGGAGGUGGCAUUGGACCUGGCAUUAGCAAUGGAAAUAUGAUCGCAGGCGGCCAAUGCUCCAAGACACUGAUUGUACCAGGCUGCCCCCCUUCUUGUGAUAAAAUGUCCACGAGUUCCAUUGUCCGAAAGCCAACCAUGCAUCGGUACAUCAGCACCAAAGUCCUGCUGGCUGAGGGUGGAGAGACACCCUUUACCGAACACUGCCGCAACUAUGAGAACAUGUACCGGACCCUACAAACAGAGAUCCAGAACCUGAAAGACCAAGUGCAGGAGCUGCACCGUGACCUCACAAAACACCACUCCCUCAUCAAGACGGAGAUCAUGAAUGAGAUCCUGCAGAAGUCCCUCCAGGUGGAUGUGCAGAUCGCCUCGCAGUACUCAUCUGUGGAAAUGAUGCGGAGCGUGUUUGAAGAGAUUUGGGAGGAAACAUAUCAGAGGGUGGCAAAUGAGCAGGAAAUUUAUGAAGCACAGUUACAUGACCUGCUGCAGCUGAAGCAGGAGAACAGCUACUUGACAACCAUCACCAAACAGAUUGCCCCCUAUGUCCGCUCCAUCGCCAAGGUGAAAGAACGGCUGGAGCCUAGAUUACAAGAGCCCAAGGAAUUGAAGGAUGACCCAUCAGAAACUUUGCUCAAAAUUUAUGACGACAGCCCAGCGACUACUGACAUGCAGCACAGGAAUGACUUGACAAGCAGCAGUGGAGACAGUAAGGAGACUACUCUGGAGCCUAAAGUGGACAAUAGAACCCUGAACAUUCUCACUGGUGAUCCUCUGCUGAAAACCAAAGACUCUUACAGAACCACACAGAGAAGUGAGACAGACAGCCCCAACCAGGAGGAAUCUGCAACUUAGUAAAGGACAGCGUCACAAAAGCUGUAUUGCUUUUCAUUUAAUACAGGGAAAAAUAGCAACAGCUGUUUAAUCAUUAGUUUCUCAACUGCAUGGUUAAGUCAGGGCUGUGUGUUACAGAGAAUCUAUUCACUGACAGACUUGACAUGAGGGAGGACCAGCAUUUCCAAAUUUAGUGACGCAAAAACAAAGUCUAGAAUUGUAGGAUAAAGCUUCAACAAUUCAGCAGGCCCCAGUGCUGCUUUCAUUACACCAGCUGGGUUAAAUUCAUUUUCUUUGGUACCCCUACAUCAGUCAUUUUGGCAGUUAUUGCAUCUUCCCCACUGAAAUUUGCAUUCAGCGGAUAAGUCCGUACCUAAGCCACAACGCUUCUGAGAGUACCUAGACAGCUUCAAGCAGCCAAAUCUGCUAAGCUUCUGGAAGUUUGCAUAACGAGAGAGUAGUAUUAAGCAUGCUUUUGACAUUGUGCCUAUUUAUCUUUUGUGUAUUGAUUUAUUUCAGAUGCAUAAAAACAGCCAGAUCUAUAUAGGGUAUCUUCACUGUUUUCCUCCCUCAGCUUAUAGAUUUUUUUAAAAGUUUAAUAAGCAAAGUAUUCUUCUAUCAGCCUCCUUACAUGACCUCAAAUCUGUCUCCCUUCUCCCCCUGCUUAUAAGAUGUUUUUGUUUUGCUUGUUGUUGGUUUUUUGUUUUUGGUUUGUUUUUGUUGGGGGGGGGGGUGUUACACAUUCAUAAAAGAAAAAAAAAAAAAGAAAAAACUUGAACUUAUCUCAUUACUCUGAAGUAAUGGCAACCAUGCUCAAAAAUGUUCCUCUGUUUAUGCUGCAGAGUCCUCAAGUUUUGUUUUCCAUACAACAUGAACUUUUUAUGCUGGAAGUCAGAAAAAAA